CCCGGACCUCUCUCUCUCUCUCUCUCCCUCCCUUCCAUCCAGGCUGCCACGCCGCCUCCACCUUACCGGCCGGCCGGAGAUAAGAAGACCCUGAUGCGGCUGCGGCCGCAGCGGCCGGAGGCCUGAGGUUGCUUGGUUGGAUAUGGGUGGAGUGACUUCGUCCGUGGCCUCUAAGAUGGCCUUCUUCCCUCCCGACCCGCCGUCUUACGGCGUGGUGGACGAGGAGGACGAGGACGCGGCGUGCAACAAGGUGGCAACAACGAGGAGGGUGGCGAUGACGGGCGUGCGGUGGAGCGUGGGCGUGGAGGCGAGGCGGGUGCGCACGCGGCGGGGCUCCGACAUCAUCGCCGUCUACGUGCGGCACCCCGGGGCUAGCCUCACCCUCCUCUUCUCCCACGGCAACGCCGCCGACCUCGGCAAGAUGUACGGCAUCUUCGUCGAGCUCAGCGAACGACUCCACGUCAACCUCAUGGGGUAUGAUUACUCUGGUUAUGGGCAGUCAUCAGGCAAGCCAAGUGAAGCUAAUACCUUUGCUGACAUAGAGGCUGCAUACAAGUGCCUCGUGGACGUCUAUGGAACUAGGGAAGAAGACAUUGUUCUGUAUGGCCAGUCUGUUGGCAGCGGACCAACCCUUGAUCUAGCUGUUCGUUUCGAUGGCGUAAGAGCUGUGGUUCUGCACAGUCCGAUACUGUCUGGAUUGCGUGUCAUGUAUUCUGUGAAGAAAACGUACUGGUUUGACAUAUACAAGAACAUCGACAAAAUCCCGCAUGUUAAAUGCCCGGUUUUGGUAAUCCAUGGCACCAAAGAUGACGUGGUGGACUGCUCCCAUGGCAAGCGGCUCUACGAGCUGUGCCAGCACAAGUACGAACCCCUGUGGAUCGAGGGAGGUGACCAUGGCAACCUGGAGAAAUUCCCAGUGUUCAUUCGACAUCUGAAGAAGUUCUUACUGUCCAUAAAGAAGCUGCCAUCUGAAAAAGACGCCGCGGCCGAGCACGAGCCACGGGCAGCUGAGAACAGAACGCAGCAUGGCGGCGAAGCCAUCUCCGAGGCUCCUCCUCGCAUGAUCUCGCGGAGGCUAGAGUCAUCGAAGAAGAGCACGAUCCAUGAAGCAAAGCCUAGGCCGAGCAGCGAGCACACGGAUAAGCGCAGGCGAAGCACGGGCCACAGGGAGAAGGCGAGGUCCAGCACAGACAGGAGAGAGAGAUCGAGGAGAAGCGUCGACUGCUUCGACAGCAUCCUCGAACACGAGCAGCCGGAAAAGCCAAGGAAAAGCUUCGACAGGAUCGGAGAGAAGAUUAGAGCAAUGGGUUUGUGCAAUGUCGACUGCUUCAAAGAGCCUCCUGAUAGCACUGAGCUUUCCAGAGGUAGUUGAGUGGAAAAGGAAUUCUGGUUGCUGUCAGAGUCAGUAUUUUUCUUUUCCCUUGCUGCUUUAGAUACAAAGAAAACUACAGCUGCGUGAUGGCAAUGUUAAUCAUAAGAUGUUCACGAACAGAGCAAA